CGUGCUGGCGCCACGCGUGGCGGAUGGAGCUGGUGGCCGGCUGCUACGAGCAGGUUCUCUUCGGGUUCGCUGCGCGGCCCGAACAGUCCUGGACGGUCGUCCCUGAUUUUACACAUCAUGCCCAUUCUGCCUCGUUGUCAGCUGUAGCAGUGAAUAACAGAUACGUGGUCACUGGGAGCAGGGAUGAGACAAUCCAUAUCUAUGAUAUGAAAAAGAAGACAGAACAUGGGGCACUGCUGCAGCACAAUGGCACAAUAACUUGUCUGGAGUUCUAUGGGACUGCACAUCUACUGAGUGGCGCUGAGGAUGGACUGAUUUGUAUCUGGAACACAAAAAGAUGGGAAUGUCUGCAAUCCAUUAGGGCACAUAAGGGGCACGUGACAUCUCUUUCUAUUCACCCUUCUGGAAAAUUAGCUUUGUCAGUAGGAACAGAUAAAACAUUAAGAACUUGGAAUCUUGUGGAAGGACGAUCAGCCUUCAUCAAGAACUUGAAGCAAAAUGCCCAUAUAAUUAAAUGGUCCCCCAAGGGAGAGAAGUAUGUGACUGUGAUAACAAACAAAGUGGAUAUCUACAAACUUGACACAGCUUCAAUCAUUGGCACUAUCACAACAGAGAAGAGAAUUUCUUCACUUAGAUUCAUUACAGAUUCUAUCCUUGCCAUUGCUGGAGAUGAUGAAAUGGUAAGGCUCUAUAGCUGUGACUCUCAGAAAUGCCUGUCUGAAUUUAAAGCCCAUGAAAACAGAAUAAAAGAUAUUUAUGGUUUUGAGAGAGAAGGACAACAUGUUAUUGUUACUGCAUCCAGUGACGGUUACAUUAAAAUGUGGAACCUGGACCUUAAUAAGAUUAAAGAUGUGCCAUCUCUACUGUGUGAAGUCAACACCAAAGCCAGGUUAACAUGUCUUGCAGUAUGGCUUAACCAGGCUUCAGAAACAAAAGAAAAUUCUGAUAAAGCUGCACCAUCACCUCAAGCAGGUGAAAAUGAUUUUUCAUCAAUAGUCAGGAAAAAAAAGGUUUGUUGGAAUGAUAAAAGUGAUAAAGCACCAAAAAGAAGAACAAUUUCAGAGAAGCAAAAAUUGAAAGUUCCUCUACAAAAAGAAGAAAAAGAAGAUAAAAGUGAUAAAACACCAAAAAGAAAGAAAACAAUUACUCCAGAGAAGCAAAAAUUAGAAGCUCCACUGCAAAAGAAGAAAAAGAAAUUGAACAGGUCAGCAUGAAGGCAGCUACUUUCUCUCCUGUAUAAAAAGUAAAAACUGGUGUUGCUCCAGUUUUUAUGAAGACACAAACUUCUCACAGGAUAUGUACCUUGGAACUGACCUGUUGUUUAAAAGUAAAGAAUAUUUUUACCCUAAUAAAUUAACUGUAAGUAGCAAAAGAGAUGGCAACUUUUCUUAAGUGAAUUAGGUGAAAAUAAAUACAUAUUAUGUAAUGUUUUUAUUUUUUUAUUAACAAUAGCAUACACUUUUUAAUUAGCUCUGAAAAAAGCUAGGUAAACAAAUAAAGCAGCUGCUC